GAUGAUUGAUGAGACAUCCCAACCAUGUUCAUGUGAACCUGAAACAAAAGAGUGAGACAUAGUGCAGCUUUGAUACAUGUUUCAUUUACGUUUAUUAAGGACGAGGAAGCGAAAUUCUUUGUCAUCCUUGUCCUUUGCAGCACUAAGCAAACACCAAAACCUCACUUUUGCCACCCUAAGUCACCAGCAUGUGUCCACACACUCCCAUCAACGCGAGCUUAAUGAUAACAACAUCAUUGCAUCUAACAAGCUCAUCACAAGCUACGUUCGAUGCGGUGACUUAGAUUCCGCUGUUCGUGUGUUUGAAAACAUGAAAGUAAAGUCUACUGUCACGUGGAAUUCCAUCCUCGCUGCCUACGCCAAGAAAGUCGGCAACUUCGAACACGCUCGCCAGCUGUUUGAGAAAAUUCCUCAACCCAACGUUGUGUCCUAUAACAUCAUGUUAGCGGGUCAUUGGCAUCAUUUUGGUGUCCAUGAUGCCCGUUGCUUCUUUGACAGCAUGCCCGUGAAGGAUGUUGCUUCGUGGAACACUAUGAUUUCAGGUUAUGCGCAGGUUGGACUCAUGGGUGAGGCUCAGAGGUUGUUCUCGGUGAUGCCAGUGAAAAACUGCGUGUCUUGGAGUGCCAUGGUGUCUGGAUAUGUGGCAUGUGGGGAUUUGGAUUCUGCUGUGGCGUGUUUUUAUGCUGCGGAUGUGAGGAGUGUGGUCACGUGGACUGCCAUGAUCACUGGGUACAUGAAGUUUGGGAGGGUUGAACUGGCAGAAAGAUUGUUUGGAGAAAUGACAAUGAGGACAUUGGUAACAUGGAAUUCUAUGAUUGCUGGGUAUGUUGAGAAUGGGAGGGCAGAGGAUGGGUUAAGGCUAUUCAGGAUAAUGUUAGAAACUGGAGUUAAGCCUAAUGCUUUGACUUUGACCAGUGUCUUGUUGGGUUGUAGUAAUUUAUCAGCAUUGCAGCUGGGUAAGCAAGUUCAUCAGUUAGUUUGUAAGUCUCCAUUGAGUAGUGAUACGACUGCUGGGACUUCAUUGGUUAGUAUGUAUUCCAAGUGUGGGGAUCUAAAGGACGCCUGGGAUUUAUUCGUUAAGAUUUCCCGAAAAGAUGUAGUGUGCUGGAAUGCAAUGAUUUCUGGCUAUGCCCAACAUGGGGCUGGUGAAAAAGCUCUUCAUUUGUUUGAUGAGAUGAAAAAUGAAGGCAUGAAGCCAGAUUGGAUUACUUUUGUUGCAGUAUUGUUGGCUUGUAACCACGCAGGACUGGUGGAUCUUGGGGUCCAAUAUUUUAACACAAUGGUAAGAGAUUAUGGAAUUGAAACUAAACCAGAGCACUAUGCAUGCAUGGUUGACCUUCUUGGUCGAGCUGGACAGCUAGCUAAGGCUGUAGAUUUGAUAAAAAGUAUGCCGUUUAGGCCCCAUCCUGCCAUUUAUGGAACACUUUUGGGUGCUUGUAGGAUACAUAAAAACUUGCACUUGGCUGAGUUUGCUGCCAAAAAUUUGCUUGAGCUUGAUCCAACUAUUGCAACUGGAUAUGUUCAAUUGGCUAAUGUUUAUGCAUCACAAAAUAGAUGGGAGCAUGUUGCUAAGAUCCGAAGAUCAAUGAAAGAAAAUAAUGUUGUCAAGACACCGGGAUAUAGUUGGAUUGAAAUAAACAGUGUGGUGCAUGAGUUUAGAUCAAGCGACAGAUUGCAUCCUGAAUUGGCUUCUAUACAUGCGAAGCUAAAUGACUUGGAGAAGAAAAUGAAAUUAGCUGGUUAUGUGCCAGAUCUUGAAUUUGCAUUGCAUGAUGUGGGAGAGGAGCUGAAAGAACAGCUUCUUUUAUGGCAUAGUGAGAAACUGGCAAUUGCAUUUGGACUUCUUAAGGUACCAUUAGGGGUUCCAAUCCGGGUAUUCAAAAACUUGAGAGUUUGUGGAGAUUGCCAUUCUGCAACCAAGUACAUCUCAGCUAUAGAAGGAAGAGAAAUCAUAGUUAGAGAUACCUCGAGGUUUCAUCAUUUUAAGGAUGGAUUCUGCUCCUGCACGGAUUACUGGUAAGCUUGAUAAUGUUAAGUAAGCAAAAUGAUAUUGACUUGAAGAGUAUGCUAUUUUAUUCCAAAAGCAAAGCAUGCUCUAUACCUUGGAUCGAUUUGAUUUCUCGAAUACGGAAAGGAAUGCUAUUCUACAGAUUCAGAAAAGUGCUCUUAUUUUCAGUAGCAUCACAUUUAAUUUCCAGUUGAACUAAUUGGAAGUGAUUCUGGAAAUUAAAUGCCAAGUCCUUUUUAACCAGAGUUGUUGUUGGCUGCCUUAUGGGCACCUUAUCAGUCAGUCUCUGGACAGUCUUUGACUAAAGAGAAAGCAAUUUGUUGGCACUGCAAAAAUGAAUGCUUUCCCAAAUGUAGUCUCAACAAACAUAGAAGAACUUGUAUUAACUUCCAAUUCAAAGGCUAUAUGGGUUGUGGCGGACUUGAAUAAUAGUUGUAUGGAAACUGACCCUGAGGGAAAGUCGCUUACUGGAGUCGAGUUUUGUUCAAGUCGGAAUCCUCUCCAGCUCUCUCCUGCAAGAAUGAAUACAUAUUAGUAAAAGAAUAGAGCACAGACUCGUAAAAAAGAAUAGAGUACAGUAGGAUUAAUCUAAUUGCUAAGAUUAAAACUUAAACGUGCCGCAGAACCAAACGGCAGCGGCUUCAAACCAGGACGAGGACAACCUGGAAUCAUGCUUUUAACCGGAAACAACCAAAAAACCCACACCUGACCCCGAUUUUUGUUACUUAAACCACAAGCCACCAUAGCCGUGCCAACAUCAAUGGCAAUCACCAUUUUUCAUCGGCUCCCCUGGUAUGUCAUGAGCAGCAAUGAAGAUCACAAUGCAUUUCAUGAAAGAAUAAAGGAGGAAGUUCUGAGACUGUUUUGCCUUAUUUGGAUAAACAUAGCUUGCAAUCAACUAAGGAGCGUUCUUAUAAUAUUUUUCUUUUAAAUGAUUUUUAUAGUAUCGUAGUCUCUGUUAA